AUGUACAUUCCAGGCAGCCUCCGGCAUUUUGACGCCCGUCAGAAUGGCCCGGCCAGCGACCCAAACACCGAGGGGAGCAGCGACAAUGGCGGGGACCACACCACGACUAGCAAGAACAAUAUCUUCAUUAUUUGUGCGGCCUGCAUUAUCUUCGUCCUGUCCUUCAUCUUGAUGCUUUACUUCGUCUUGCGCACUCUCCGGCGAAUGGAAUGCCGCCCGAAAUUUAUACCUGGAAAGUCAUUGAAGGACCGGUGGAAUCGAUGGAAUGUGGGUGUCUCGUACGGACAGGUGUCGGAUGGAUCUUCAACGAACAACCCUCGCAACGCUUCAACUGAAGCAGCCCCAGAAGGGGGCUCAGAGAUGCACACCACCACCAAUACUGCCGUUCGACGGGAAACCUCAAUCCGGUCCAUCAUCACUCUUCCUGCAUAUUCAGCCAGCCCGAAACCAACGGAACAAGUCAUUGCUCGGGAGGGCGAACGGGAGGGUAUGGAUGUAGUGGUUGAGUUUCCUGAAACCGUCGAGGAGGAGGAAGAGCGCAGAGAAAACUUGAUGGAAUCGUUGUACCAGAUUCGUCUGCAACGGAGACAGGAGCUAGCCGAUCGAGAGGCCCGACGACAGGAGCGUCGAGAGGCUCGUGCUCAUGGAGAUCAAGCCCGCCUGGAACAGCUACGGAUGCAGAGUCGGGCGCGCGCACAGAGUCGUUCAUCGGCCAAUGCCAACGCUAGCAACUCCAACCUUAGCGCGACGCUUGCAGAGAGUCAGGGUCGUGGCCGCGACAGACGUAUCUCCAGUGUCUCAUAUGCGGAGGUAGGAUACGUCCGACACGACGGCUCGCGUGUCCGGGCCUCCUCACCCGACUCCGACCGGCGACCGCUUCUGACAGAUGCCACUGGCAUGAGCUCCGAACCGGCCGAUCGUUCCUCGGGCUCAAUACUUACCGGCAUUCACUCUCGAGGCGAAUCAUACUCAUCUUUCCAGUCCGGUACCACUAUCAUUUCCGAAGCAGAUACUCUGACCCAAGUUCGAUCUCACGCCACUUCUACUCACUCUCUGGGGCGGCCACUCUCAGGCCCUGAAGACGGCGGGGACGUCGGCGCCCUCCAUAUCCCUCCUCCCGAUUAUGAGGACCUCGAUUGGGGAGACGCUCCUCCUUACCAAAGUCCAACUGCUGGACUAGGCGAACAUGCACCUCAACUGCGGGAAUUGACUCCCUUACCCACAAUCCAUAUCGACGCUGCCAGCCCCAUCAGCAAUACUCCUACAACGCCUACAAAUCCGUUGCGAGCAGACGCAACUCCGGCGGCUCACGCGCCCGUAUUAGAAGAUGUUGCCGAGGACCGCCCGCUUGUUCAAGUAUCGAUGGAAGAACAUUCGGUCACGGAUGACUCUCAUGCCAUACUCGAUAUGUCGCGCGAAGCCACUACCAACAGCUUCGCGUCCUUUGGCUCCGACUUUGACCCCGAACACGAAGCUCUCGCGUCCACAAAGGAAAUUGGAAGAAGUCCACGACUUCCCGACAUACAUAGCAGUGCACGUAACCGUCGCGAAAUCGAGCAGGACGAAGAGCCAGAUUACGCCUUCAACACCUCCACAUUCGAGCAAUACCUUCCCAACUUCUCCCCGGUGGGCACGUCGGAGGAAGAGAUGGACCAUGACGAUGAUGACAGUAUCUCCAUUGAAGCUGGAAGAGGACCCAUGAAGCCCACACGCCGUCUGGACGAUUCGAGAAACUCCUAUAUGAGCAUCGAGAAUAGUGUUCGUUCGUCGUCACCCGCCGUGAGACUCGACUACCCUACCUCAAACACACCUCAGAAGUCCGCUCUACGUAGCGCGCCAAGACGGGCUGCUAGCGAGAGUCUUCGCAAGGACGCCCAGAUUCGACGCGCUAGCCUUGCCCAGAAGGAGAACCUUGAUCCCAAGGCGGCUCGCAAAGACCAGCGUCGCACUCUGUCAGAAUUGCACGCAAAGGCCCGUGACGCCUACGAAGAAUCCCUGCUUGAAGACGAAGGGCCUCCCGCAGCGGUCAACAACACGCGUCCGACGCGUUUCGGCAACCCCAACCUCUCCCACCAGAUCGCGGACGCUGUUGAGAAGGCUUCGCAGGAGGCUUAUGCUCGCGAGAUGCGUCGUGGAAAGGCCGCCGCGAGCUCCCGCGGCAUGCAUAACACGGCUGGUGACACUGCCACUCAACAAUCAUUCCUUCUGCCCGAUCUGCCCAAUCUGUCGGAGCUUGUCUCCGGCGUAUAUGAAGAUGGUACGCCGGUAUAUGCACGUCAGAACCGUCCCCGGACUACGCGCUUCGUUUCUCCGCCACACGACGCCAUGGACGUUUCCUUGACACGUGAACAUAUUCCGCUCGAUGCGGUGCCUAUUCCAGAGGAUGAGAAGGCCCUGUUCGUUUCGUUGAGGCUACUCCAGGAUAAGGUGGCCGAACUUGAGAGGGCUAAGAUGGAUGCUGAGAAGAAGGUCGAAGAAAUGAGACAAGAGAAUUCGUCACUGAAGACGAGCAAGUCACGGGGCAAAGAGAAGAUUUCGCGUACAAGAUCGUAUGAGUCUGAGGAAGAAGAGUACAGGAAGGAUCGCCUUGCGCGUGAGAAUCAGAAGUUGGAUGCAGCGAACCUCGCUUUACAGAACAAACUGGAUGUCGUCGAAAGGAAGGCUCAGAUUCAGGAAACUGCCUUGAAACGAUUGAACCGGGAGCGUGAUAUGGCAGUCUCCCAGCUGGGCGUAUCAUAUCUGGAGUCCCAGGAUCUGAAGAAUGAGGUCCAGACCCUUCGUCAAGAGAAUUCCGACCUCAAAUCUCAGCUAGCGAAGCUUGCAUCCGGCUCCGACAAUCACGAUGAGACGUUUGAGUCCGAACAAACAUCUGCAACCGAGAUUAGCGAUGACGACAGUCAGCUUGACACAGAACGCAGCAAAAAUUAUAGCAGAAGCACCAAAGAACUGACCUCCAAGAGCUCGCGUUCCCGAUCCAAGGGCGGCCGUCCCGGGGAUUCCCAGGCUCGAGUCUCCACUCAGGUUGACAAGGAAAUUGCUCGCCUAGAAAGAGAGCGGGCGGAAGAGGCUCUGUUCUCGCUUGAUCUUUCACAAUCCAAAGAUAAAUCUAGGCCGAGAGCGGAGAAGUCUCGAAGCAAGCCCAGAACUAGCGAUGCCCCGUCCAAGAAGCAGCCAACCGCCGGCAAGCGACGCGUCAAGAGAGUGGUUGUCGAGGAGGUAGAUGUGACUGACCCUGUUGAAACCACAGGCGAUAUUACAAACAACACCAAGAAAUCUUCGGUAGCGGAGCAGGAUCUGACCCUUCUGAGCUUCGUUGAUGAACGCGAAAUUGCUCAGCUACGAAAGACCCUGGAGGAGGAACGUCUUGCUCGCAAGAAGCGGCAAGCAGCGGCUACUAAGGAUCUGACUGGAAACGAGACUGGGAACACUACCCGCCAGAGCGUGGCAAAGCCAGGAGUCCUUCGAAAAUCAUCGCUCAAAGAAAGCAAGGGGCUGCCGGCGAGACCAGCCUCAGCAAUGGGCGACUUGACCGCCACAUCCAAGGUUAGCAUGACCGAAGGAGACAGCAACUUGUCAGUGCCCGUUGAGCGUCCCAGGCGCCACUCUGACCACGCCGCAACCCCUGCUACUCCCAGGCGACGGCGGAGGGUCGCCGAGGAGAUGACCUCGGCGUUUAUCUUGCCCGACAUUACUCUCAAUCCUGCCAGCCUUGUUGAUAAUCUGGCCAAGCUACCUGAACCCGCGCAGCGUGCGCUUGACAGUGCAACUCAACACAAUAGCAAGAACUGUACCGUCUGCAAGCGUGUCAUGCCCGGUGACACCUGCGAUCACACUCUUGAAACAGUGAAGGUCCCCAAGCCCGUGCCUGUCUCGGAGCGUAUGCCUGAGCCUUCCGUUCUCAAUGAGGAACCCACUAUGCGGCCUGCGCAGUCUCCUGAGGUUGCACUAGCGACCGUCCUCAAAGCCUUGGAAGAUGAACUGGCGCACCUGAAGAUGCAGCUGGUCGCAUACCAAGGUGCAUACAACAAGCUGGAUGCUUCGCUCAGCAAGAGGCAGAGGAAGUCGCUGGGUGAGAAGAUCGAGAAAUUGCUGAAAGACAUCGACAUGAAGGCCGAUCAGAUCUACGCCUUGUACGAUGUACUCGAGGGACAAAAACAGGACGGUCGCGAGAUGACCGAGCAGGAAAUGGAGGUGACCCUGCAAUCGAUAGGGAUCGAUACGGGUGCUGGUCGGACAGGUGACGUGACUGCCACUUCUGUCAAAUCUUCUCACAAGGCUCCUGAACCGGACUUCGAUGACGAUGAUGAGUUGCCUUGGGAAGGAUUCGAGAGUACCAUGGACAUCACGGGCCGAAGUGAACCGUCUCAGCAGGGAAGCGAAUUCCUUGCCCCAGCUUCUCCCUCUGAACACCGCAUCCUAGAUGACGAAGCAAGCUAUAACACCAUCAUCCACGAUGACAGUUCCGUUCAAACUCGGAUCCUUGCACCCGCCGCGGACAUCAUCCCCUCCCGACGCUUCUCUAUAGACAUUGCCAAUAGCAGUGACGGCGAUGACACAGACAACGAUACUGUCGACAACGACGAAGGCGAAGACACUGACGAGGCCACGAGCCCCUCCAACGAAAAACCAGUAACAUGGGCCUCACUUCCCCACAAAGGCCAACUCGCGAUCUUGACCUUCGCGCGCCUGUCGGAGCCCCUCACGCAGACCUCCCUGCAAGCGUACAUGUUCUACCAGCUCAAGUCCUUUGACCCGUCUCUGCCGGACUCGACCAUAUCCGCGCAGGCGGGCAUACUCCAGGGCAGUUUCACCGCCGCGCAGUUUCUCACGGCCGUCUGGUGGGGUCGUCUGGCGGAUGCGGAGUGGAUGGGACGCAAGAGAGUGCUCCUUAUCGGUUUGUUGGGGACAUGUAUCUCGUGCCUCGGGUUCGGGUUCUCCCGCUCGUUUGCGGCGGCGGUAGUGUUCCGUACCCUGGGCGGGUGUCUGAACAGUAAUGUUGGGGUUAUGAGGACUAUGAUUGCGGAGAUUAUCGAGGAGAAGAAGUAUCAAUCGCGCGCGUUCCUUCUGCUACCUAUGUGCUUCAAUAUUGGAGUAAUCAUCGGCCCGGUUUUGGGAGGUGCGUUGGCGGACCCGCUGAAUACCUACCCUGAGCUUUUUGGUCCUGGGACGUUCCUCGGCGGUACGGAUGGUGUGGGCUGGAUGAGGAAGUGGCCGUAUGCGUUACCAAAUGUUCUGAGCGCGUGCUAUAUUCUUCUUUCAUUCUUGGCUGUGUUUCUGGGUCUUCAUGAGACCCACGAAGUCGCGCGCUACAGAGACGAUUGGGGCCGGAAGCUGGGACGCAUGAUCGCCAAGUCCUUCUCGCGCCGCCGAGGACGCUACUAUCGUCGGCUUCAAACCCACCCGGACAAUGAGUCCGUGUAUAUUGACGGCAGCGCGACCAGCAUGUCUGCUCCUCCGAGCCCUCGGCGUGCGCGUGCUCGACCGCGCCAGAAACGCCCAAGCUUCUGGCAGAUCUGGACGCCGAAUGUCCUUCUAACCUUGCUGGUCCAGUUUCUCCUGGCCUUCCACACCAGCGCCUUCAACUCCAUGACGUUCACCUUCCUGCCCACUCCAAGGGCUCCUGAGGACAGCCGCAAAGGCUUCUUCCGCUUCAGCGGUGGCCUGGGACUGCCGUCGUCUCGAGUCGGCAUGGCGACGGCGAUCAUCGGGGUCAUCGGGUUGCCGUUGCAGAUUUUCAUCUACCCCCGCGUGCAAGGCCACCUGGGGACGUUGACCUCGUUCCGGACGUUCCUGCCGUUCUCACCCCUGGCAUACGCGAUGAUGCCUUUCCUCCUCGUGCUCCCGCGCGUGCCCUGGGUGGUCUGGCCUGCAUUCACGGUUGUCGUGGGACUGCAGGUCAUCUCGCGCACGUUCGCGCUCCCUGCCGCUGUCAUCCUGGUGAACAACUGUGUCACUGAUCCCUCAGUUCUCGGUACCAUUCACGGAGUGGCGCAGAGUAUCGCCAGUGGCGCCCGUACUCUGGGCCCUCUCAUCGGCGGUUGGGGUCUCGGGUUGGGGCUGGAGCAUAACUUUGUCGGCGGGAUAUGGUGGGCGCUGGCCCUGGAGGCCUUGCUAGGCUGGUUCGCCCUGUUCCUGAUCUAUGAGGGUAAAGGCAUCGAGAAGAAGAAAAAGGUAUUGGAGGAAGAAGAGGAUGAGUGGCCUGAUGAGCGCCGGUAA